AUGUCAGACCGCCAAGACCCUGCCAUCUCUGCCGAACUUAAAGAAUGGCUUUUCUCCACUAUAGCGGAGUCCAUUCCUAAGGCCUUGGCAGCCUACCAUGAAUGCACCACUGAGGUACACCCCUCUACUCAACAACCCUCUGACUCGGAGGAUUCUCAUGUCUCUGACCAAGACAACGCCCCGCGCAAGAGACCCAGGAAAGGGAAUAGCGCUACUGCGGGCAAAGGCAAAGCUCCUGCAAAGGUCAUUAAACAUUCUAACCCAUAUGUUACGCAGGAUGCCACAGACCCUCUGGAGGGUUCCACCUCACGUUUGUCUGGCCAUAUUUUAAGUGACUAUGAUCCAAAUUACUCUGAUGAGGAUCCCAUGGCGAAUGCGCCCCAGGAUUCCUCAACAUCAGAGUUUGUAAAAUAA